GGUUACACGGGGAGAGCAAAGAAUAAAACAAUUGCUGUUCUCUUUUGGUUAUAUCAACAAACACUAUGCAAGCACUGUGUUCAGAUUGCAGUCUUCAGGUGCCCAGGUUCUCGAUUACUGCAACUCCUCCAAAGUUUGCAUCUUUUGUGUCCACCCUAAGCCCCUCCAAGGCUGGAACUAGGUUGUGUUUGCCUUUUGGUUGUGGGAGUUACAAACCCAUUAGGAGUAGGUGGGAUGGGUUUGGGGUGCAGUGUGCAUCCUCCGAAGGAGAAAGUGGUGAUGGGUUUUACAUGAGAAGAUGUGUGGAGCUUGCAAGGAACGCUAUUGGGUAUACCAGCCCCAAUCCAUUGGUGGGGUGUGUUAUUGUAAAGAAUGGGAUAGUUGUUGGAGAAGGGUUCCACCCUAAAGCAGGGCGACCACAUGCUGAGGUGUUUGCUCUGAGAGAUGCUGGUGAUUUGGCACAAAAUGCGACUGCCUAUGUGAGCUUGGAACCUUGUAAUCAUUUUGGUAGGACUCCACCUUGUACUGAAGCUCUAAUUAAAGCCAAAGUGAAAAAGGUUGUUGUUGGGAUGGUGGAUCCAAAUCCCAUAGUUGCCUUCAAAGGGGUGGAAAGAUUGAGAGAUGCAGGAAUUGAAGUUGUUGUGGGUGUAGAGGAAGAGUUGUGCAAGAGCCUCAAUGAGCCUUACGUUCAUCGCAUGUUGACGGGAAAGCCUUUCCUUACUUUGAGAUAUUCUCUUUCUGUCAAUGGAAACUUUUUGAACUUGCUUGGGAAUGGAGCUGCAGACUGUGGUGGUUACUAUUCAAGGCUAUUACAGGAAUAUGAUGCAGUGGUAAUGUCUUCUUCCUUUUUCACUGAAAACUUUAAAGUACCUGCAUCUCAAGAACCUGGAGCCAACCAACCAAUUCGGAUUGUAAUACAUAAAGAUCCUAGUUCUUUAAAUCAAAUUCUAUCAUCCAUCAAUGACAUCACAAGCAAAAUCAUAAUCUUUACUGAAAAUAAAGCGGGAACAGCUCCAGAAGUGGCUCAACAAGGAAUUGAAACUGUAGCUCUGGAUCAAAUAAAUCUGGAUGUGAUCUUGGAUUAUUGUAAUCGUCAAGGAUUAUGCAGUGUUCUAUUAGAUAUUAGAGGGAAUUUCAGUGAGUUUGAAGUGCUUGUUAUGGAGGCUAUGGAGAAGAACUAUAUUAAUAAAUUUAUCACAGAAAUUUUGCCUGUUUGGAACAAACGUACUGAGCCAGAUCCUCUACAGACAUUGAAGAGCUUAGAGCAAGGAAUGAAAGUGCUAAAUUUGAAGUCAAAAACCUCUGAUCAGAGUAUUGUAAUUGAGGGAUAUUUUAAAUCUGAGUAAAUGGAGCCAUAGGUGCUACAACUUCCAUUUAGCAAUAUUUCAGUGUCAUGGUUUUUCCAAGGCAUUGUUUGCUGUAGGCUAACUUAAAAAAGCAUUUAAUGUAUUUUUCUGGCGGAAACUCGAGGGUAUUGUAACCAAUGAUUUUUGUUUUCAUUUAUUUCUAGGCUAACAUUUUGUUUAGCUUCCCAGUUUUUGCAUGUAUGCAAAUACAUUGACUUGAAAUUUAAAAGAGAUUUUGCCAGUCUUAUGUUACCUUGAA